AUGGGGCCUCGGUGGAUGUACACGCUCCUGUUGCGCUUUUGGAUGAUCCAGGGCCUGGUGCUGGGUGCCACCGGGCACUACUAUAGUGUCUCCCGUCGCCGGCUGGUGCCCUGCGGUGUGCUCCGCUGGUACAGCUGGCUGCUGAUGCUGGCCACUCUGUUGAUGUACGGUGUCUACUGGCGGUAUGCGGAGAACUACCUUGUGGAGGGCAUGUUCCGGCGUCACAGAUUUGUGCAGAUACUCAGCGAGGGUACCGUGCGGGUGAUGCUGCUCACCCUGGUGCUGCAGAGUGUGCUCCGGGUGUUCCGGGAGCGGGAGGUCUGUGCGGUGUACAACGAGCUGAGGGCGAUGAGGCAGCGAUCCAAGGUGCUGCAGCUUCAGGAGGAGCACAGUCGCUUCUACUACGUGAUGUUCUUUGCCAAACUCAUCAUUUAUCUGCAAAACUUCAACUGUGUCCUGAGUGUUUACAUAGUGGUGGAAGUGCGAACUUUUACGGUCUGCGACUUUAUGGCCACCUUUUACUUCGCUUACAUUUCGCUGGUACGGGAGUGCCUGCUGAUGUCCUACGUUCUGCUGCUGCUGCAACUGGGCGAGGCUCUGCGGGUCAAUGGUGAGCAUCCAAGGACCUCCUAUGCGGCCCUCAUGCGACAGCUGAGACGGCAGGAGCGACUGCUGCGACUGGUGCAGCGGGUGCAUCGCCUGUUCGACUGGCAAGUGCUGGCUGUGCUGGUAUUCCAGCUGUACUUCAACACGACCACCUUCUAUGUGGCCUACUCCUUUCUCGCGGCGCCCUCUCAGUCAGGGUCAGGGUCAGGGUCGGGGUGGGGGUCGGGUUUCCGUGUGUGGAGUAUUAAAUUCCUGCUCACCGCCGCCGCAUUCAUCAGCAAGCUCUGCGAUGGCCUCCUCCUGCAUAUUGUUGGCGGUCAUUUGCUGGCCCAGGGCAACAAAGCCUGCGCCAGUCCGCAAGUGGAGGCGGCAUCGACCCACGUACAGGCAGCCCAGCGUCAGAUGGAAAUGGCUUACCUAAAGCGUGCCAUUCGUGCUGCUAACCCGGAGAACAGAGUCCUCGGCAUGUUUAGCAUGGACAUGGGAUGUGCCUUCGCCAUCAUCAGCAGCAGCCUGUCCUAUGGUAUUAUAAUCAUGCAGCUGGGCUAUAUCCACAGCAAAUGAAUGCGUGCAUGGAAAGUGUGGCCCCAAAUCAGCAAUCA